AAUUUUUGUAAUCUUCGUUUUAAAGUAAAUAACUUUCUAUCCCUCUAAUAAUACAGAUUUACAAUUUAUGUAAUAUUUCCGCUGUAAAUAAUUAUUUUGUGAUUUUGAAAGAAAAGUCACGUGACUUCAAACAUGGAAGACACGACAAGCUAGGGAUAUCACCGAAUUAUAUUGGUAUAAAUUCGUCCAAACGCAGAUAUGCACGGAGGAGGAAUGAUGAUGGUUACUGGAAGUAGCUACGGGCAAAUGCCUUAUUCAAGUCGACCAGAAAGCAGGAUGCGAGACCAUUUAGGCGAAAAUGUAAGAAGGAUGAGACAAAUUCAAAGACAAGCCAAGGAAAGAGAGGCUAAUGCACAUCAACCAGUUAAAGCUCUGUGGAAAUCUGAAAAAUACAGUGGGGUUACAUCUAAAAUCAAGGAGGAUAUAAAGAAGCCUCCAUCUACUCCUCGACCUAAGUCGGCAACAUUUCUUCGGGCACACUCAAGAACAGGUCCAUCGAUCAAAAACAUCUCACGGCCUUGUACACCAGACCCCCCAUCAGAGAAGCUGACUGUUCCUCCAGCCAGGUGCUCCAGUGAGAUAAGGUUCAAUCGAAAUAACAUAGACUUCAUCAGAGUGAAUGGAGUAUCAGCUAAACGACAAACAAUGAAAAGAAGUCCGAGUGUAAAUGCUUUGGAUGAACUGAAGAAGAAAGAGGAGGAAGAAUAUAACAAACAUCGCAAAGGAGAAGUGCCCAAAUAUCUUCAAGUACGCAAGGAACAUUGGAAGAAAACAGAGGAGGAGAGAAUAGCAAACACACCAGACCCUGAAAUGCCUCCUGGUCACAGACUGUUGCCGGAGAAAGAACGACAGCAAACGCUGAAACUCCUCCUCACAAAGGAGGAUGAACUAGUAAGUGAAUUAAGUGCUCUCCCUCUUCGUAUGGACACUUUUAGAAUCCGGUCGCAAAAACAAGAACUGGAGAAUAAGAUAGCAGAAAUUGACGAGGCCAAGAAGAUAUUCAACCGUCCAAAAGUAUUUGUGAAAGUUGAUAGUUAACUUAUUAAAAACUUCAUAGUUAUGGAGGAACUUUAAACUGUGAUCUAAAUUAGAUACAUUUCCGUUUUUUUAGGCACGUAUGUCAACAUUGUUGGUAUACAUAUAUACUACUUGUACACAUUCCUUUUCUUGUUGGUAUUAAUGUAGAAUUGUAGUUGGGAAGAAAGUAUUACCAGACUUGUUCUUGUUCAGUUAUAUAAAUGUUAGUAAAUGUGUAAUUUCUAGGAUUUUUUUCCCAAGGAGAUAUACAUAUAUGAUGAAUAUGAAUUAAUUUGCUUGAAACUCAUAAAGACAUUCACUGCAUGCUUUCUCAUAAGGCUUUGUUAUUAUUUACUGUACAUGCAUACGCUUGAUCUGUUGAUUAUUUGUCCAAUGGUAAUUAUAAGGAUUUUCAUCCUUUGUUUUAUAAAUACAAGAAUGUAAACAGAAUUUGAAUUUCAUGUUAAAUGUAUGGUUACUAUUAAAGAAGGAGCUUUCAUGUUGUGUUAAUUUGUCUAUUGUAUUAUAUUGAUUUCAUCUGGUGAAUUUAGAUUGUUAUGAUAUUGAAUCAACCUUUCAUCUAUUGUAAAUCUUAUAUACAUUGUAUUUCAAUCUCACUGUUUGCAACAGUGGAAGAUAUAGUCAUGAAUCCAAGUUGAAAUAGUUAAGCCGCAAGUCCUAUUAAUUGAAGACAUUUUCUAUACGUUAUUUGCUAGAGAAAAUUUUUCAAGGUGAAAAAUACUGAUGAUAUUAAAUUUUUACAGGACAGUAAAUUUAAAUUACCAGGUAGUUAAAGAUUUAAUUCUUUGUUGAAGGUAUGUACAUUUUGGGUUGUUGAAGGUAUGAACAUUUUGGGGGAGUGAGUGAUAAGAAUAGAAUUGUUUUCAUUCAAGUUUUUAGAAUACAUACUGGUAGUCCUCAACUAUUUCUCCAUACACAAUUGUGUUUGGUAUUUGUUUUAUGUUUUAAGAUGAUUUGUUGUCUAAGUACAUGUACGGUACUUAUAAUGCUAUUGUUAUCAUUUUUUCAAUUCUUUGUGUAGGUUUUGUUUCUAAAAAUCUUUUUUGUUCAAAUGAUGCAUGUAUAAUGCAUGUAUAUUAAUCAGAACAAAAGGAAAUAUUAAACAUCUAGUUAAUUUUAAUGUAAUUUUAUUUUGUGUGCACCCAUUGUAGUCUUAAGGAAAACUGUUAAAUAAAAGGUUGUCGGAUAUUUUUAGACAUGAUAGUCUUAUCCUAAAAAUUGCAUUUGA